CUCUCUUGCCCCGUGUCUCAGUUUAGCUAACAUGGCUUAGCCUGUUGUGGAAACAGGGACAGGGACAGGGACAGGGAGACCGACUUUAGACACGUCUUCAGACACGUCUUCAGCUCUGGGACGUGAUAUGGAAAGAUAACGCCACAUACCGGAAGUCUGGAGAACGUCUUCCUGACUGACAACAAAUACAGCUUAGAGGGAGAGGGGGGAGAGAGAGGGAGAGAGGGAGAGAGGGAGGGUGAGCGAGCUUAGACCAGUGUGGAUCCACAAUUACAAUCACAACAUGGACCCGGCAGCAGUGGCGUGUCGGACGGGUGCCCCUCGCCGCCGAGUGUAGCUCUCCGUCCAGUCGCAGCGGAAUCUUAUUUUUCGUCGUUGUUUUCAUGGGACACGGACAGACUGUCUCGGACUUCCCCGCCGCCUUGUCUCCGUUGUACCGCCGUGACAACACUCGCGUUGGCUAACGUUGCGUGUCCUCGUAGCUCCUCGUGUUUUAUGGACUUCUUCCAGUCCUGUUUUUCGCCUUGUUGUCGGUGGGAGCUGCUUUGACGGACGCGGCAGCUUUGACGGACGCGGCAGCUUUGACGGACGCGGCAGUCAUGUUCGCCGUGCGCAUCGUCACCGCGGACUACUAUCUGGCAAAGCCCGUUAAAGACCUGGAUGUGUGCUACUCUGAUUUCAGGCAGAGCGACGUGAACAAAGUGCCGGUGGUGCGGAUAUUUGGAGCGACACCCGCAGGUCAGAAGGCAUGUCUUCAUCUCCACGGUGUGUUCCCUUACGUCUGUGUGCCAUAUGAUGGCUACGGGCAACAGCCAGAGCGCUACCUGCGGCAGGUGGCCUUUAGCAUUGACAGGGCCCUCAACGUGGCGAUGGGGAACCCUGCCUCCAGCACCCAGCACGUCUUCAAGGUGGUGCUGGUCUCCGGCUUGCCUUUUUAUGGCUACCAUGCCAAAGAGAAGCACUUUAUGAAGAUCUACCUGUUCAGUCCUCAGAUGGUCAAAAGAGUGUGUGAACUGUUGCAGAGCGGAGCAGUGAUGAGCAAAAGUUACCAGCCUCACGAGGGCCACAUCCCCUUCCUCCUGCAGUUCUUUAUUGACUACAACCUCUAUGGCAUGAACCUGGUAAACCUGGGAGCUGUCAAGUUCCGCAGGAGCAAAGCAGAGUCACACAGGCAAACACACAGCAGUGGUCCCAGCAUCAGCCCCUGCAAGAGUCCCUGCACGUCAAAGCUCAAUGACAGCACACUGGGAGGCACGUUUGUCCGCUGGGAGGAGAACACUUUACCCUGUUCCUUACUGCUGGACGAGGUGGAGAAGCAGAGCACGUGUGAGCUGGAGGUCGACGCCGUCGCUGUCGACAUCCUCAACCGACUGGAGAUUGAAAAUCAGAUCGGCAGGAACCCCGGGCUGCAGGCCAUCUGGGAGGAUGAGAAGCAGAGGAGGAGAGAGAAGAACCAGGCCACCCAGAUCCAAACUCCCGAGUCACAAGAUCGCGGCUUUGUCACGUCGACAGACAGCGAGAAGAUCUUCUUGAAGAGACUGAAGGAGAUCCUGAAGGAGAACCAGUUCGACGUGACACAAGCUUCGUCUGUGGGUAAUGAUGAGGAAGACCAGGAUGAUUUUCUGGGUGACCUCAGUCUCCAUUCAGACCCCCUGACUGCUGAGGACUUACUGUGCACCCCUGCUAAUAUGGUCAAAGCUCACAGGGACACGCAGCAAGACUCAGACCUCAGGACCUGCGGUAAAGUCCCAGAGGAGGCUGUGGUGGAUGAGGAGGCCAUUCUGAGUCUCCUGGAGAACAGUCAGACCUUCCUGCCACAGUCCCAAACAUCCAGCCACUCACCUCUGUACGACAGCAGCCAGGACCAUGCCAUCAUAGACCUGCUGGCCGGCCUGGAGGACGACGGUUUCUGCAGGACCCCUGUUCGGCAGAGUUCCCAGUCUCAGUCUCGUUCUUGUGCUGGGAGUUACCACUGCAACAGUGAUGAGGAGGAGGCGGGGCCACAGCGGGACAAAGAAGAGACAGAACUCAGCAUGUUAAUGUCACAGCGAUGGGACAACGAUGCUUCCAAGAGUUCAUUCUUACCCAGGUGUGGUGUGAAAGAGGCAGAGGACAGCUUCAGUGACGAGCAGCUGGAGUCCUCUGAUGAAGAAAUGGAGUGGAGUGGGAAUAACUCUCUGUUCGCCAACCUGUCGAUUCCUCAGCUCGACGGAGCAGCAGACGAGAACAGUGAUUCCUCCUUAACGGACAGUAGUUCCAGGACCCAGUCUUCUCUCAUUGUCACAGAGAAGAUGCAUGGUCAAAGAAAUCCUAUUCUUGGGGAGACUGUUCACCCGGAGCCACCGUCUUCAGCUAAGAUCCUUCUGGAGUGCAAGCACCCUGAGCACAGACCAGUUCAUGUUCUGGACACAGAACAACCACUGGACAAGCACUUUCAAUCAAAAAGCAGCCAGGACAGUAGUAAUCAAAGUUCCACAGGGUUUAAGCUUAACAAGGAAAUCCCCUACAUCCCUCCAGUUAAGCACCCUAUCGCCUGCAAAAUAGCCUGUCACCAUGAGAUGUCGCCUGUCUGUGGAGACAAAGAGGAGAUCCGACCCCUGUACACUUAUGACAAGCAAACCUCUAUAACCUUAGAUGAUACAGCUCUAGACAGUUUCUCAUUUGCUAACAGAAAGCUCACCAAAAACAGGAAGAAGUAUGGCAGCGUGAAGGAUGUUGAAACAAACUGUCUGUCCAUUCUUCAAAACCACAGUACCUUCUCUCUCUGUUACUCUGAGCUUCGAAGCUGUUCAUCCAAGAAAGAGCAGGAAUUGAGUCCGAAAGACCUUAAAACCCCCAUCCUGAGGAGCAUCUCCUCAGCCCCAUCACCCAUGGAAGAGGACGAGUUCCUUGAUCAUCAUGAGGAAGAAAUGACCCACGACAGAGAGGAGGGAGAUGUUGGUGAACUCAAAAUCAAGUACGAGGACUAUCAGGAAAAUAAAAGUGAGAAGACCAUCAUGGCUCAGCAGGAAGCACACUACAAGUUCUUUCCCAGUGUUAUCCUCUCAAACUGCCUUCGGAGGAAGAAGGUCGGAAGCAAAAAGCCGACAGAGUGCUGUAUGAAAACAGUAGAGGCUCAGCCUCGCAAGUCCAGACUAAAGGUCAACAAAAAAAGGUUAGGAAUGACAGGACAAUGGAAUAAAUUAAGCUUUGUUGAAAGCACCGCCUCUGUCAGCCAUGUUAGCACUAGCCUUACCUCAGCUGAGUUUCUACAGACUGUGGACACAGAGAUAUCAAUUUCAGAUGAACAGUCCAAGGAGGCUGUGCCAGUGGAAGAUGAGCUCAUUAAAGACACAGUCCUUUUCACAAAAGAGGUGGAAACAGAUGAAAUGUGUCUUAGUGAAAUGACAGAACCACUGACAGAGCUGUCUGUCACAGACUCCAUGACUGUCUCCUGUUUUUCUGAAGAAGCAGCUAAAGACACAGCAGAGGACAGGUUAAGCCCAUUGCAAGAUGUGUCUGCUAAAGUCACCUGCACCAAACCUUCAGCCCUGCCUGGUAGUAAAUAUACCCUGAGGGCCAAACGCAAGAUGAUUUGUGAUAGUGAGGAUGGAGAGCACUCAAGUUCCAUGCGUUCUAAAAACCCAGCCCCAGCCAAGGAUAGCAAGCAGAAGGACAGUGUUGUCUUCAGUGGACAGGAUGUAAAAGUCCAUAAACGGCGCAAGAAAGAGCCUCCCAUUAUAAUCAAAUACAUUAUUAUUAAUCGGUUCAAAGGACAGAAAAACAUGCUUGUGAAGAUGUCCAAAAUAAGUGCAGAGGAACAGUUGGUUUUGCUGACCCCUCAUAAGCUAAAUCAGUACAAUAAAAUGGCUCCUCUCAAGGACUUCUGGCCCAAGGUGCCGGAAUCCACUGCAGUCACGUUUCCUGUUUGUGAACCAAAGGCUAAGAAACAGUCCAAAAGAAAGACAAGAGUCAAUUCCACCAAUAAGAAAACACUCAGCAACUCGUCCACACCGAAAGUCAGAAAGGGUGAAAGAGUUAAGAGGACUAAAGACUGUCAUAGAAGUCCAAAUCUGUCCUCUCUGUCGCCCCCUGAGCCAAAUUACUGUGAGCUAGCUGAUGACCAUGACUCGGAGUACAAUGAUGUCAUGGUGGAGUUGGGUUACCUCUCUGAUAAAUGUCCAAGUCCCACAAACUCAACACCCCCACGUUGUUGGUCCCCAAGUGACCCUGUGAUGGACAGAUCAGAACAGCUGAUAGACCCACUUGGUGACCCAUGUCUUGGCUCUGCUGUUCUUCACAAGCCGUGCACUGUAUCUUCAACCAGACAAGCACACAGUAGGUAUCAACAUGCCAGACUUAAGAAGUCUGUGGAGAGUAAAAAGAAAGUGAGGUCAUCUCCUAAGCCCAAAGAAGUUGAACCCAAAAAAGAGAAAUGUAAGCAAAACAGUGGCGGUGCUCCAAGGCAGAAGAAAAAGGCUAAGGAUGUUCCCAAAGGUGCUAUCAGAUGUUCUCCAACCACCCUAAAAUCUAAAAGGUCUCGCAAAAAGAAAACUGAGGAACCCAAAAAACAUGAGUCAAGUAAAGAAAACUCUCAACUCCUUUUCCCAGAGGAUGACCUGCGUCCUUCUGAGAGUUCCUCUCAAGAGGUCCCUCCAUUUCAACAGCCAGUCAGCAAAGAUAGCAACAGUCAGGGCAGUUUUCAGUCAUCUACGUCCACAACAGACUCAAACUCACUGCUUGUGUCUGUACAACCAAAGGUUGAGGACUGUGAGACAUCAAUCAUGGAGGUCAACCAAAGCCUUUCACCACUGGUUCAGCUAAAGCAGCAAAGUUGCCAGACCACCGUGAUAAAGGCGGAGGCUUCACAGGAGGCGUGCACAGCAUCUGCUCUUGCUGGUUGGGUCGACAAUAAAGACGCACAAACAGAAACCGCCGAGCAGUCGGGCCAUAAGAAUGGGGUCAUCCCCUCAGGCCUGGCUGUCCUCAAGCAGCUUCUUCAGAAGAGGCAUCGGGGACAGAAUCUUCCUCUGCAAACGGUUGGAACAGACAGUCACUCGACUGCCAUAGCUCAGGUUGCAGCACUACUAGAUCCUUCUACUAAAUCAGUUAAAUCCAGAAAAGCUCCCUCGAACACGCAACGUAAAGCCAGGGCCCCAAAAGCUACCUCUCCCAAGGAUAAAAAGCCUAGGGUUAAGAAAAGCAAGACAAGCAGUACUCAGCCAAAUCUGACUGUGGUUCUGAAGGACAGCAUGUCAGAUGAUGAACCCCUGGUUCUGUCAGAACCAUGCCUAGACCCUUGCAACUUAAUGGAGGACAGCUUGUCGCCAGAGCUCCCACACAACUAUAACUUUGAUAUAAAUGCCAUUGAUCAGACUGAGUUUUCCAGCCCAUAUAGUGGGAGCCAGUUUGUCCUGACUGAUAAAAUCUUACCUGUGAAAUUUCUGAGUGAUGUAAGUCAGGAAGCUGUGUCUGCUCACAUGCCAAGCUUAGAGAAAAACGUCGACAAGGUCUGUGAUUGGCACAAAAGAAGGCCGGUCAGUCCUGAGCUCUUCGAUAAACCUGAGAAAGGGGAGCUUGAAUCAAACGACCUCUCAUUCCUCGACUCUGAGAGAAUCCAGAGCAGGGAUUGGGGCUUUUCUCCAUGUAAAGCCCACACCCUCAGCCCGUUUCAAGACUUUCACUGUGAGAGAAAAGAGCUUCUCUUUUCUGUUUUUGAUCCCGUCUUACCGCUGACGUUAAGCUCAGCAUCCUUCGUUAACCAUGAGGGCUCACCAACAGGAGACCCUCUGGAGGGAAUUGACGGACUAACGUCCACUACACCCAGCAGCUCGCCCAGAUCCAUUAGCUCACUGUCCCAGGGGAGGGCGGUCCAGCUGCUACGAGGGGCGGGUGGUGGAGCACAUGUCUUGAAGCCCCUCAUGUCCCCUCCAAGCAGGGAAGAGAUCCUCAACACUCUGCUGGACCUGGAGAUGUCAGAGGCCACCUUUCAAGAGCCUUUCUGCAGUGACCCCUCUGAUGCGCCUGGGAAACCAAUGGAGGUUGGCGGGCGUAAGCUGACGGUGGGCACCAGACUCACUAAGGAGCUAGCGGAGUUCAGUGGAGACCUUUCUAUGGAGGGUCUUCAUUUCUGGAAGACAGCCUUCUCAGCCAUGACACACCCCGCCAUCAUCACUUCAUCUUCUCAAGCCCAGGGAGCUAAAGCCUCAGAGCAAGCCAAGCCUCAACCGUCCUCAGCUAUUGACAAGAAGGUCAUUCUUCUGCCUUGCAAUAACCCUCCAAACCAGGAGCGUGUGCGUCUGUGGCUGGAAGCAAAGAAACAAUACGACUGCUUACAGAAAUGGCAGAGAGACACAGAGCUGCUGAAGAACAGGAGGACUUUGCUGGACACUGAAGAGGAAAACCAGGAAAAAUCCAGCCUGCCAACUGCUUCCUGCUGCCCAGCAGUGAAGUUUGAUUUGUGCGGGAACCUUUCGUCAAUCCGGACUCAAAGGAGAAAGAAACAGAGGCUGUUUUUAAGUAUGUCUCCUGUGAAGAACCAAGCCUCACAGCUGAGUCCACUUUCAGAUGAAGCUGCAGUGGAUCUUGAGCAGAAGGAACAAGAAAAAUAUGAUGAUGUGGAUAAUUGCACCUCUCCAGAAUCCCCGGAUUUGCCUCCAUGGCAGGAGUCCAGUCAGUGGAGCCCCUCAGGCCUGGACCCGCCCAGUAAAAACAGGCAGAAUGAAAACUCUCCAGAACCACUGUCACCUAGACUCCCCAGUUCCUUAGAGAGACAAGGGCAGAACGAUAGUCCCCCAUUCCUCCAUGUCAGCAACAGGAAAGAUGAAAGGACGAGUCCCCAUCUCCUGUCCAGCACCCCCUUCCUGAGCAGGAGUCAGAGAAGCAAGGACGACCUGGAGGCACUGUGCAGCUCGCCUAUAUCUGCGGAGACUCCAACGUCUCAGAAACUCCAGCAGAGGAAGAGAAUUGAGAGAGGUCCACUGAGAAGAGCCUUACUGACCACACAGUUCCAGAACCAGUUUGCAGCUUUAAAUGUGCCAAAGAAAGAGAACUCUCAGAUCGAAGGGCCCAGCAUUGCCAACUCGUAUGGCUUCAAAGUCAGCAUGCAGAACCUGCAGGAGGCCAAAGCUCUGCAUGAGGUCCAGUACCUAACACUGAUGGGCAUGGAUCUGCACGCAAGGAGCCGCCGUGACCUCGAGCCUGACCCAGAGUUCGACCCCAUAUGUGCCUUAUUCUACUGCCUCAGUUCUGAUGCUCCCCUGCCAGGUGGAGACAGUAGCAAUGUGACCGGUGCCAUAGUGGUUGAUAAAGAUCACCAACGCUGUGAUCAAGGUGACAAGCGAACAGUGCCCCUGCUUCUCAGGUCGGGCGUGUCUGGGCUGCAGGUGAAAUAUGCCACUGAUGAGAACAUGCUGUUCCAGGAGCUGAUCACAGUCAUGAGGAGGUUUGACCCUGACAUCCUGCUGGGGUACGAGGUGCAGAUGCAUUCCUGGGGCUACUUGCUGCAGCGGGCCACUGUGCUCGGAGUGGACCUUUGUCAGAAGCUGUCACGAGUGCCAGGUGACUCCAAGCAGAACCGCUUCACUGCAGACAGGGACGAGUACGGAGCCGACACCAUGACAGAGAUCAACAUUAUUGGACGUGUCGCCCUCAACCUGUGGAGAGUGAUGAAGACCGAGGUGACGUUGAACAACUACAGUUUUGAGAAUGUGGCGUUCCAUGUGCUCCACCAGCGCUUUCCCUCGUACAGCCCCCGCACACUGUCCGACUGGUUUGACCACAACACUGACUUAUACAGGUGGAAGAUGGUCGACCACUACGUGAGCCGAGUGCGUGGCACCAUGCAGCUUCUGCAGCAGCAUGACAUCAUCGGUAGAACCAGUGAGCUCGCCAGACUGUUUGGUAUUCAGUUCCUCCACGUUCUGACCCGAGGAUCGCAGUACCGCGUUGAGUCUAUGAUGCUGCGUGUGGCCAAACCACUGAACUACAUCCCGGUGACUCCAGGCAUCCAGCAGCGAGCCCAGCAGAGGGCGCCGCAGUGCAUCCCCCUGGUGAUGGAGCCUGAGUCACGCUUCUACAGUAACUCAGUGAUCGUACUUGACUUCCAGUCACUCUACCCCUCCAUCGUUAUCGCCUACAACUACUGCUACUCCACCUGCCUGGGCCACGUAGACACCCUGGGAACGUCUGAUGAGUUCAGGUUUGGCUGCACUUCCCUGCGAGUCCCUCCUGAGCUCCUCUUCCAGCUCCGCAACGACAUCACUGUGUCACCCAACGGCGUCGCCUACGUCAAGAGCUCAGUGCGUAAAGGAGUUCUGCCCAGUAUGCUGGAGGAAAUCCUCAACACUCGCAUCAUGGUGAAGCAGUCGAUGAAAAGCUACAAGCAGGACAAAGCCCUCACCAGGCUGCUGGACGCUCGACAGCUCGGACUCAAACUCAUCGCCAACGUGACGUUCGGCUACACUGCAGCCAACUACUCUGGCCGCAUGCCCUGCGUGGAGGUUGGAGACAGCAUUGUUCACAAAGCCAGAGAGACACUGGAGAGAGCCGUCAAGAUGGUCAAUGACACCAAGAAAUGGGGAGCGCGCGUUGUGUACGGAGACACCGACAGCAUGUUUGUUUUACUGAAGGGAGCGACCAAAGAGCAGGCGUUCAAGAUCGGCAACGAGAUCGCUGAGGCAGUGACUGCAACUAAUCCCAAACCUGUUAGACUCAAGUUUGAGAAGGUGUACCUGCCCUGCUUGCUGCAGACAAAGAAACGUUACGUGGGCUACAUGUAUGAAAGCCUUGACCAAAAAGAACCCGUGUUUGACGCCAAAGGCAUCGAGACAGUGCGCCGCGAUGGCUGCCCUGCUGUUUCCAAGAUUCUGGAGCGUUCCAUUAAGCUGCUGUUUGAGACGCGGGACAUCAGCCAGAUCAAACAGUUUGUGCAGCGUCAGUGUGUGAAGGUUCUGGACGGCCGGGCCAGCAUGCAGGACCUGACCUUUGCUAAAGAGUACAGGGGCAGCGCCUCGUACCGGCCUGGAGCCUGCGUCCCUGCACUGGAGCUCACCAGGCGUAUGAUGGCGUACGAUCGUCGCCUGGAGCCCCGCGUGGGCGAGCGGGUGCCGUACGUGGUGGUGUACGGGGUUCCCGGGGUGCCCCUCAUCCAGCUGGUGCGUCGGCCCAUGGAGCUUCUGCAGGACCCGGGCCUCCGACUUAACUCCACCUACUACAUCACCAAGCAGAUCCUGCCGCCUCUGGCCCGCAUGUUCCAGCUGAUCGGUGUGGACGUGUUCAGCUGGUACCAGGAGCUUCCCAGGAUCCAGAAAGCUUCGUGUUUCUCGUCAGCGGGUGGAGACGAGGCGAGGAGGAAAGGAACCAUCUCUCAGUACUUCACCACACUUCACUGCCCCGUGUGCGACGAGCUGACGCAGCUGGGCGUGUGCUCGCGGUGCCGUGCUGACCCACAGAGAGUGUCUGUCAGUCUGUACCAGGACAUGCGGCAGUGGGAGAGUCAGCAAGAGCAACUGCUCAAGAUGUGCAGGAACUGCAGUGGCAGUGCGGAGCGUCAGGUUCCCUGCGUGUCCCUGGACUGUCCAGUCCUCUACAAGCUGGCCCGGGUCAACAGACAGCUCUCCAAGGCUCCCUACCUUCGACAGCUGCUGGAGCAGUUCUGAUUGGCUGGUGCUGCCGACUGAUUUGGUGCUUACCUUUGACUCUUGUCCCGCCCCUCUACAUUCUCGUUGUUGGAUUGUUCUCGUUGAAAUGGUGCUUUGAUUGAACCCUGUUGGGUUAUUUGUAAUACAAGUGUUCUUCUGUUCUGUUUGAGCUCAUGUUUGUCUUGUUUGGUUCUCCAGGCUGAAGCGAGGCUGCUGUGUGUGUGU